UGAACUGAUGCCUGAAAUUUGUUUCAUGUAUUAUGAUGAAGACGGUGAUCAAGAAAAAGCUUUUAAAAAUAACCGCAUAAAGAAUCUUGUAAUAUGCAAAUUUAAGAACUGCAAAAGUGUAAAAAAUGUUGGUGUUUUUGCAAGGUUUUGUUUUCCCUAGGAUUGUGACUGAAAUGUUAUUUAUUAUUUGUUUAGCUCUAGGAUCCAAUGAUGUUUUGUGUUCGUUUUUAAUAUUUAUUAUUAAUCAAAGUAAUUAUUUAGCAAUAAGAUGUAUUUGUCACGUCUUAAAUACAAUUUGCAAAAGAACAUUUUCACCCUAUAAAGUAGGGAAGCAGCUUCUACGCGAUACAGAUCUUAGUCAAUCAGAGAGAUUGUCCGUCGGAAUUUCUUUAGAAAUUUUGGGUGCUGUAAAAAAUGUUGGUGUUUUUGCAAGAAAUCAUUUCUGGCUAAGGAAACAUCUUGAUAGUGUGCCUCAUGACGAAAUAAUUACUAGAUGGUUAAGCAAGCUUAAAAUGAUAAAAAGUGUCUUAAAAGUUUAUCCUAAAUUGGUUGAAUUAAAAAAUUCCGAUCUAAGAUCAAAGAUGCCCUUGGAAUAUUUAGAGAAUUUGAGGCUUGUUGGUAAAAAUCUUGAAGAAAUACAAAAUUUUGUGAAAAUUUUGGAAAUAUUUAACGAAUAUGUAUUGUUUUUCCAGACUGAAAAGAAUGUAACAUUGCAUUUGGUGUGGCCAAUGAUUUAUGAAAUAAAGAGAAAACUUAAUUGUCUAACGACAGACCAGGCCUUCAUUGAAUCAGAGGUAUCCUUAUGUGUUUUACGUUCAGCUUUAAAAUGUCUACAACGAAAAAUUGAUGAGGGUGUGAUAACAGAUAUACACAAGGCCGCAACAUUCCUUGCUCCAAAACGUCGUUUAAUGAAUGGUGUCCCUGAAGCUGAGAAACAUAAGAUAUAUGAUUUCGUUAGAUCAGAAAUUAGAAAAAGGAAAAUAUGUACAUCACCGAUUGAAAUAAAUGAAUUUAAUUUUGAUGAUAUUUCUGAAGAAUUUGUUAGUAUGGAAAACGAUGAUGGAUUUCUAAGCGAAAAUCAAACAAGAAAAGAAAGAAGAUCAGAUCCAGACGAGGUUGAUCAAUAUAUAUCGUCUAUGUUUGAUAAAGAUGCAAGGGAAAGUCAAAGUCCAGAAGAAUUUUGGAAGAAGAAUGAAAAGAUAAUGCCACAACUUGCUCGCGUUGCUAAAAGUAUUCUUUCAUUACCAGCUAGUUCUUCAGGAAUAGAACGAGGAUUCAGUCGUUUACGCUAUGUAAUGGACGAUCAACGCUUAUUACUCUCUGAUGACAACAUUUCAAAACUUCUUUUAGCCGAUUCACUUAACAAGAUAUGA